ACCUUAAGAGUGAUGUCCCCCGGAUGACUUAGUGAAUAUAGCUAUAUAUAGGAAAUACAUUUCAUUAAAUAUAUCAUUAGAUUAAAUGUUCACGUAUUGAAUUAGAGUAAUUGUAUAUAAUACAACAACCACUCUAAAGAAUAUCAAUACAAAACAUAUCAACAAAUCACAUAUCUAUUCAUAAAUAUUGUUAGUUAAUGUUGUAAAAGUAGGUAAAUUAACAAUAACAUAUCUUCAUUAAUAUCGGUGUCUAUGAUAUUUAAGUGUAAGGUGUACAUUUCUGAAGCUAAACUGGUAUUGCUCCAUCUGUGAUUGGUGGGUCACCGUCUACGUACGUAGGCGCCAGGCCAAUGGCGGCGGGGGCUACGCGCAGCCGUCGUGCUACGGCGUAGAGGCGCGCGGGACGCUACGCCAUCGACAGACGCUGCGUAGCUGCGAAAACCGGGAACUGGAAGCUAUGUGUUAGGUGCACUUUGAUGUGGGACAUCGGGCGUCCGCCAUGCAGGGGCUGCAGGCCGCGAAAGAGAAGGCCUCGGGCCUCUUCGCCAACAAACCCCUUCUGUUCAAGAACAGCCAGUAUGAAAACUUUCAUGUGGACCAGAAGGGCUACGAUCAGAUGUACGACGGGGAGGACCUGGAAACACCACCUUCACCUGAUAGGCCCCCGCCGCGACAUAUAGAUAAGUACCUGAAAGCGGAGCUGCCAUGCCUGAGCGCGCGCUACACGGUGGCGCUGCUCGCCUGCUUCGGCUUCAGCAUCAUGUUUGGCAUGCGCUGCAACAUGAGCAUGGCCAAGCUCAAGAUGACGGAGAAACAUAACACAUCAAGCGGCGUCAAAGAAGACACGCCAUUCAACUGGACGGUAGAAGUAGAAGCGUCCAUCGAUUCCUCCUACUUCUUCGGCUACUUCAUCACGCAGCUGCCGGGCGGGUUCCUGGCGUCCAUGUACCCGGCCAACAGGAUCUUCGGGGCGGCCAUUGUGGCGUCCGCCAUCUUUAACAUGGCUAUCCCUGGCGCCAUGGCUGUGGGGCCGACUGCAGUCGUGUUAUUGAAGGUUGCGCAGGGAUUUGUUGAGGGUGUGACGUAUCCUUCAUGCCACGGCAUCUGGCGCAUGUGGGCGCCUCCGCUGGAGCGCUCGCGGCUGGCCACUUUAGCCUUCUGCGGGACUUAUGCUGGCAUCGUCAUCGGCAUGCCUCUCUCUGGGAUGCUGUCAGAUUACAUAGGCUGGCAGGCGCCGUUCUACUUUUAUGGGGUCUUCGGGCUUAUAUGGUACUGUAUGUGGCUGUGGCUGGUGUUCGAGCGGCCGAGCAAGCACCCGCACAUCGCCGGCAAGGAGAUGGCGUACAUCGAGCAGUCCCUCGGCACCGCCUCGCAGGCCCCCAUGCCCAGUUUUUGGGGCACGCCGUGGAAGGCCUUUUUUACUUCACCCCCAGUAUACGCCAUAAUUGUAGCAAAUUUCUGCAGAACAUGGAAUUUCUGUUUGCUAGUCAUUUUCCAGUCUGCAUAUUUUAAUUCAAGAUUUCAAAUGCAAAUCACAGAGUCUGGCUUUGUGGGCGCUAUCCCCCACCUGAUUAUGACGUCGCUGGUGCCGAUCGGCGGCAUGUUGGCCGACUACCUGCGCAAGAGUGGCACGAUGACCACCACCAACGUGCGCAAGCUGUUCAACUGCGGAGGGUUCGGGCUGGAGGCGUUUUUCUUUGUUCUAGUUGCCUAUGCCGAUAAUAAGUACGUGGCGACUAUAGAACUGACGUUGGGCGUGGCAUGCAGCGGUUUUGCCAUCUCCGGCUACAAUGUGAACCAUCUGGACAUCGCGCCGCGAUACGCCUCCAUCCUCAUGGGCCUGUCCAACGGCAUCGGCACCAUCGCCGGCUUUGUGGUGCCUAUUGUCAUCAACUACAUUACGCAGGAGAAGGAUAAGCUCGAGAAAGCAAUAACAGAGUGGCGCGAGGUGUUCUUAAUGGGCGCGACGGUGCACUUCAUCGGUAUCACCAUCUACGGCAUUUUCGCGUCGGGCGAGCUGCAGCCGUGGGCUGAGCCACCGCCUUCUUACGAGUCGCCUGUCAAGUCUAAGGACCAUGAGACCACCUUCAUGGGCAACCCAUCGGCGCCUCUAAAGGGCAGCUCGCCACCAGGGUACGGUGCGGUGGCGCCGCCGUGCCCGCCCGCGCCCGGCGCCGCGCCCGCGCCGCAGGCCCACGUGCCCAACAACCCCUUCGUGUCCGGAGCCUUCUAUCAGGCGGAGCCCGUGCAACCCCCGGCCCAACAGUACCCUGAGCUCACGGAUGACGGCACUUACUAGAUUGUAGCUCAAUGCGGUACUAGACUUGAGGUUUGGU